GAACCAUACAUAGUUUUAAGACGAGGUAUGAUAAAUCUCAUGGAGCAGGGAGAGGGAGGACCCAGUAGCGGUCAGUGAAGAGGUGGGGCCAGGAGCUGAGUCUCGACCCCUGCAACCAAAAUUAGUGGACUGAAGAAUCAUCUCUUGCCAAUAUCCAGCAAUGGUCUGCAAGCAUUCCUGUGCCCCAUUUGCCCUGGUACCAUUUUUUCAUUGUCGAAAUAUAUUGGUGAAACCUUUUACCAUGUUCGUCACUAUGUGCCUCACAGUUCGCUGGAAAAACGUCUAAAUGUGAGGCCAAAAAGUGGAUUUUAAGUGACAUGUGAUAUCCCAUGUUCUUGUAAGCCUUAUGAGGUUUGUGGAAAAUUUUACAUAAUUUUCCUAAAUUUAUAAUGUAUAAAUUUAUAUAAUGUAAAUAAUGUGUAAAAUGCAUUGCUGGUGAUCUAGAGUUAAGUUUUGAGUGAAAAAAGAACCAGCAACCACGGGAAGAGGCGGAGGGGCAGGACACUAUAAUGGAAAUUUAGGGGAAGAUUGGUAACAAUAACCGUCGAAUUGAAUCCGAUGUCAUCGGGAAAAAUUUGAGUGGAACGGCCUCAGACAAUUAAAUAAUGCAGUAACGUUCUCUACAGCAGAAGUGGAAGUAAAUUUGUAUAAAACCACUAUAAUAGAGUGGUAAGAUUGGAGCAAUUGAAGGACGCCGAUGGAUUCCCUGCAACACACCUUGGAUAAGUAACAGAAAUCAGACACCAACUUUCCCCCUACCUCUGUGGGUUCAUGAAAGAUAAAAGUGUGCAGAACUGUAUUUCCACCUUUCUCACUGCACACACCUCUACUAGUUUUACCACAUUUCUUGAUCUAAAAUCUGUAUUUGAUAUCGCAAACAGAACCGUUAUACUACAUGAACUAGCCAAAAUGAAUAUUGGUGAUACCUUACUCUGUUGGAUAAUAGAAUACCUGGCAAAUAGAGUAUCCUCUGUCCUCUACCAAGGCUUUAGAAGUGAGUCUAAAGAAAUGUCCCUAGGUACACCACAGGGAGGAGUUCUCAGUCAUGCUAUUUAAUAUUCUGAUUAAUACUCUCCUAAAUGCUCUACCUGCCUCACCUAAACAUAUAGCUAUAAUCUAUGCUGAUGAUAUCAUGAUCCACACAACAGGGCAUAAGAAGAUGAAUACCAUUCUUAAUGAAGUUCAAGCAAUUUGUAAUCGACGAGGCCUCAUAAUAUCUUCCUCUAAAACAAAGAUAUUAACAAGCAAACGACAUCCCCCACCCAUCUAUUUGCAGGGCGAAAUCAUUAGCUACGUUAAAACUUACAGAUAUCUUGGUGUAGAUGUACCCUUUAACAAAUCCACUAUACCACAACUAAAUAAGAAAUGCAAAGAUAGGCUAAAUGCUCUCAAAGCUGUUGCUGGCUACAACCCCAACUAUGGUGCUAAUGUGAGAAUCGUGAGAAUGAUGCACAUAGCCUAUGUUGGGUCCUUAAUUGAUUAUGCUGCUCCCAUGUUGAUAUUAGCUAGAGAAAGUUCCCUCCGACCUUUGGAGUUAAUGCAAAAUGAAGCUCUCAGAAUUAUUCUGGGUUGUCCCAAAUCUACAAAGGUUCUUAAUAUGAGGAAGGAGCUAGGUAUUUCUAGUAUCAGUGAUAGGAUUGUUGAGAUUAACACUGUACUCGGUAUUAGAAUGUUAAGAAAUGAACCAGACACUGUCACAAUGAAUCUUACUAAGUGUCUAGAAGUAAAUACGCACAGAUCUAAAUGGAUUGUGAAAACAUGCAAAUGCAUUAAGUUUUAUAACCUGCAUGAAGUGUAUCACUGUAGACAACAAGAGCAUUUCACCCCUCCAUGGAACAUGUGUUCAUUUAAUAUCACAUACCUGCAAGUCCCUCCCAAGAAGCUCAUUGCUAGUAAUCCCUUCCUUAAAUCGCUUGUUAAAGCAACUGCUUAAGAAAAAAUUUCUCACCUAGCUAGUAGUAAUAAGUUAUCACAAGUAAUAUACACUGAUGGAUCUAAACGGGAGUCUUCUGGCAGGGCUGCAUCUGCUCUUAUUGCCACUUCCCUAGUUAAGAACGAUAAUAAACUUGUUGAAUUAGGCAUAAGAAUUAACAACUGGGCGUCUACGUUGCAAACUGAACUGUUUGCAAUCCUAAUGGCACUAAAGCUAACCUAUGACACUGAGCUUGACUCUAUCAUCAUUACUGAUUCUAUGUCAUCACUGAAUGCUCUUAAGUCUUAUAAUGACUCCAACAGCAUACUCAUUGGAGAAGCCAGGUAUAGAUACUCAAAAAUCAGGGACAAAGGAAUUAAUGUACAAUUGCUAUGGAUCCCAUCACACAUUGAAUUGCAGUGUGCACUCAGUUCCUCAAGCUUCAGCAUCCGUGCGCACGGUGGAUGUCUGGGCACCCGGAGGGCUCCAGAUGGCAUCAAUCAGCAGGCCCCCCCCAGCAGACAUAGGUGACAGCUGCCGCGCCUUCACCUUUACAGAGGGCCUGGGAACUUCAAUCAACUUGGCGUCCACAAGGACGUUGACACGUCCCCAGGGUGGCUCUACCUUGGGCUGCUAGCGGAGUCGCUGGCCUCUCCUGCAAACAACAGAUCCCAGGACAACUUGCUGCUGUUUGCAAUGGCUGUCUGGCUGUCCUGCUGAGGAGGGACAGGCACCUAGCAACGUCUGUUGGCAAUGGAUGAAUUCCCUACAAUGUUUGUUAACUGAUCAUUACUCUGAAAAUUGUUCAUGAUUGUAAUCAUGUGUUCACAAUUGUGACCAACUCUACCUGGAGCUCAUUACCUUUGUCAGUUCUCAUUAUUGUAACCAAAUCUAGUUCAUUAACUUUGUAAUUAGUCAUGCGUGUGACCAGCUCUACCUGGAGCUCAUUACUUUUGUACUUAGUCAUGAUUGUGACCAGAUCUAGUUCAUUACAUUUGUAACUUGCUCAGCUAUCAAAACUUUGGAGUUCAGUCCCUGGACCAAUUAUAUACCUCUGUAAUCUUUUGACUACCGCCCACAGGAUGGGUAUGGGGCGCAUAAUAAACAUAUUAAACUAACUCCUUCAUGAUAAAGUUGAUAUGUUAGCCAAGCAGAGUACCCAGAAGGAGCGUGUUGAAUAUAACUUUGGUAUAUCUGUGUCUAGCAUUAGGAAUAAUAUUAGGAGAGAAGUAAAUAAUGAAAAUGAUUGUUAUAGGAAUGCAGUUUGAAGCCUGAGUAGAUCUAUAACCCACUAUAACAUGAACAUAGAUAAGUAUGUUUAUGGAGCAACGUGCAAUGUGAACAGACUGACUAAUGUUGUAGUGGCCAGGCUUAGGCUUGGUUACAAGUACUUCUGGCAG